AGAAAGAAUUUGAUUUGAUAGGCAUAAUUUAGGGUGCAGGGGGAUUUGCCAAGUGCGUGGUGGUUUGUGAGGCUGAUUUACGGCGUGUGAAAGUGCCCGGCAAAACCCCAAUUCAAGAUCUCCCAAAGCGUCGUCACUCUUCUGUUACUCCCUUUGAAUCACCCUUUCUACCUUUCUCUCUCCUCCAAUUGCUCAUUUGGAAAACCCUAAUUCAAGAGUUUAGAGAGAGAGAUUGUGAGAUUGAGUUCGUAAAACUAUCAAUUUUAGGGUAGAAUCACACCAUGGAUUUGGACCAAUGGAUCGUUAAGGUCAAAGAAGGCCAACAUUUGGCCGAAGACGAGCUUCAGCUUCUCUGCGAAUAUGUGAAAGAGAUACUUAUUGAGGAGUCAAACGUGCAGCCUGUCAAUAGUCCAGUCACUGUCUGCGGUGACAUCCAUGGUCAAUUCCACGAUUUAAUGAAACUUUUUCAGACUGGUGGUCAUGUUCCAGAGACUAAUUACAUAUUUAUGGGAGACUUUGUUGACCGAGGUUACAAUAGUCUUGAAGUCUUCACAAUCCUUUUGCUUCUUAAAGCUAGGUAUCCUGCCAACAUUACUCUUUUGCGUGGAAAUCAUGAAAGCAGGCAGCUUACUCAAGUGUAUGGGUUUUAUGAUGAAUGCCAGAGGAAGUAUGGAAAUGCCAAUGCAUGGAGAUAUUGCACAGAUGUUUUUGAUUAUCUGACUCUCUCAGCAAUUAUUAAUGGAACUGUGCUAUGUGUUCAUGGUGGUCUUUCUCCUGAUAUUCGGACAAUUGAUCAGAUACGAGUUGUUGAACGAAAUUGUGAAAUUCCUCAUGAAGGGCCUUUUUGUGACCUUAUGUGGAGUGAUCCUGAAGAUAUUGAAACGUGGGCUGUCAGUCCUCGUGGUGCAGGGUGGCUUUUCGGAUCAAGAGUGACUACUGAGUUCAACCACAUCAACAAUCUUGAAUUAGUUUGUCGAGCUCAUCAGCUCGUACAAGAAGGUCUUAAGUACAUGUUUCAAGAUAAAGGCCUUGUGACGGUGUGGUCGGCACCAAAUUACUGUUACCGUUGUGGGAAUGUCGCUUCCAUUUUGAGUUUCAAUGACAAUAUGGAGAGGGAAGUGAAGUUCUUUACGGAGACAGAAGAGAACAAUCAGAUGAGGGGGCCAAGAACAGGGGUUCCAUAUUUCUUAUAGACCAAUUUGUCUUUCAGAAUUUAAGACUUGUAUAAUUAUUAAUUGAUGUGAUUUUUUCAAAUGUCAAAAUUUUUAGGGAGGGGGGUGAAUUCUUGGUAAAUGACCUACUGGCUAAUUCAUGUUAUAUCUCUGUCAGUAAUUGUUUUUGUUGCGCCAGAAAAUAUGCCCUCUUGUUCAGUCUUUGCUUUGUGAUAACUCAGACCAUACGUACUCUGAGUUUUUUUUUUUUUUUUAUAUGUUGUUGCAAGUGGUA